GGGAAGUGUGAGGAUGCCCAGAGAACUGUUUUUAUUCACCUGAAGGAGGACCCCUUGACCACUACACUUUUUGAGUGGGGAAAAGCAAGAAUCGACGAGCCAUGUUUUCUCACAUUUCAAAACGAGGCUGUCGUACAGACGGCAGUGAAAGUCCAACGUCUGCGCUUUCUCAUGAAGAUGUUGUCGCGCCAGACAGCAUAUUCUUCACGGCGCCUCCCUCAUCCUCCCCGUCCUCCUCCCCGUCCUCCUCCCCGUCCUCCUCCUCCUCCUCCCCUUCCUCCACCAAAGCGAACGUGUCCUUGGCAGAAGAGCACAUGCAAACUCUAUUGGAUGGAAAAGUUCCCCCAUUCUGCACUGCUAGCGGACACCCCCAACGCGACGGGCUGCCCAAUGAAGAACUGAGACGUGGAAGCCAACUCCCCGGCUUGCUGUCUUGUGAACUAGGUCAUGAGAAACAAACGAUUCUAGUCUCUGGAGGUAUGCCAGGGACCUCAGAAAAGGAGACAAAAGAUUGCAGCCUCAGCUCGCCGAGUGUGACAGGGAGAUCCGCAGGUGUCGGAUCUGAAGAGCUCACCCAAGCUUCGCACAACGGCGCAGGUAGACGAGGUCUCCUUGAUUUGCCAGAGGAAAUUCUAUCGGUGA